AUGUGGGAGGGUGGAGACAAGAGAGGAAGAGGAGGUGGAAGGAGAGGGGAGAGAAAGAGGAGGGGACGAGGAGUAGGAGAGUGUGGGGAUGAGAACGUGAGGAGGGGGGGAGGAAGAAGCAGAGAGGGCGGAAGAGGGGGGGUUUAUAGGGGAGAGGAGGGAGUUAUUGGGGGGAGAAUGUGGGGGGGGUCAGAGAAGAGAUCAUGUGGUAGACCACGUGGGUUUUUUUUGGGUUGGGUUGGGGGUUUUAGGGGGGGGGGGGGGUCUAAGAGGAGGCGGUUGUAA